UUAAUAUGUCUUCUGUUGAGGCAAGAAUGUUUCUUUCGGUUGAUAAAGUUGAUAUGUCUUCCAUUAAGGCAAGAAUUCUAUUUCGAAAUUUAGUACUGGCCAUGAUUGUCAAUCAAAGAAAUUAUCUUCAAUAUGUAUUAGCUGAUGAAAUUAUUAUUAACAUCUUUAAGCAUGUUAAAUAUCCAUUCGAUUUAUUACUCAGCUGCAAGAGAUUUUAUGCCAUUUCGAAAGACUGUCAAGCUAGAGCAGAAUGGAUUAUUUUUCAGUAUGGGAAAGCGCAUUGUCUUUUUCAUGCAAUUAAUCUUGGACCUACUUUUAUUAAUGUCGAAGUCGCCCAAUUAAUCGUUGCAAGAGGAGGGAUCCUGUCCAGAUAUUUCGUACAAAAGCUUCUUAUGCACUUUGGAUCAUAUGACGAAAAACUGAUCAAGUUGAAAAUUGCUUUUAACGUUGGGCAAGUAAACAUAGACCAACCUUUGUACCGAAAAAUUCGUCUUCCGUGGGCUAGCGACCUACAAGCGUCAGUUUUCACAUUUUUGUUGUCAAAAGCAUAUGAUCAAUUAGGGGCUUCAGAUAUGUGUGGAAAAGGAAACGAUAUGGAGCUGUUUCAUUUUCUUACUGCAGGUCCAUAUACAAUUAACCGUGCACCAAAUAUUUUGGAGAAAAAUAUUGAAUGCAUUAAAGAUUUAAUAUUGCGUAUGAAAUUCGUUCCAUUCCCUCCAAGACCUCCAUCCAAUCAAUUUAGUUCUUAUCAAAUUCAAGAUCUCGUGCAUUUAUGGAAAAAAAUUGGUUACAAUGAAAUUUGUGAUGAUUUUAAUGUACUCAUAAUGCAAGGUGCGCUUCUCCUCCUUUUCCCUCCAACUCCACCUGCCGAAUGGAUUAGACCUGAUGUCAAAACGAUUAAUGCACGCUUAAUUGAAUUAAUUAAUAUUGGAUUCCAAUUAAGCUAUGACGUUAUUGGAAAGGUUUUUCAUCUUUUCGAAAAUCGUAUAGACGAAAUUGGCAAAACUUUAGUGGAUUCAUUUAUGGAAGUAAAAAAUGAACCUCGCGAAACUUUUUUACUUCACUGCUUGAUUGAAACACUUAAACUGGAUAACAAUUUAAAAACAUUUAAUAUCUGGAAUUUUUUUUAUAGACUCUUACCUGACCCAGAAAUUGUCUUCAACAAAGCAUUUGAUCAUUAUUAUAAUGAUUCAAAUAGCUUUGAUGUUGUUAAACCACUUAUUUUAUCCCCAAGAUUUUAUUAUUGGGUAUUGAUAAAGUUUGGUUUAGACGCACAAAUAACAACUCGUUGUUUUGAAAGUAUCUUUUCAAUUCGUGUUAGUAUCGAUCAGCAGCUUAAACUAACUCCUAAUCUCAACAUUCCAAUUGGCAUGAGUCAAUAUGUAUUUAAAGAAGCGUGUAAUAUUUUUAAAGUUUAUUGUAACGCCAAAAAUUUUUUCGAGCCUUCUCAUUUGGAAUUAAUUUCACAGUGCUUCAGCGUAGAAAUCCUUGGAACAGUAUUUGGUCAUUAUUUACCUAGAUUGUUUAAUUUGGAGAUUACUUUUCCAUUACCCAUGCCGAUCAAUGAAGAUGAAACUAUUCAAUUUGAUACAGCAUUACUUACAACCAAUAAAAAAAGAACAAAACGGUGUGUAUUAAAAGAAUGGGAACAAAAGUUACAAACAAUGUUUAAUAGUCGAAGUGAACCGAUCUCCGUAUUUCAAAAUUAUCUUUCGGAAUUUUGGGAAAAAAAGUUGUACGCUCCUGAAUUUAGAAAUAGAAGGUGGCUUAGUGGCUUAG